CUUGACUCCCUCCGUUCAUUCUUAUCCACACCAUCUUCCGUCUUUCAUGUUUCAGCCUUCUUUCUCUGCCAGUGUCUGUGUCUGUCUGUCUGUGUCUGGGUCUGCGUCUCUCCCUCUCUCGCAAAACCAGACAGGAUCCACGCACUCGGUCUUUGAGACGUUCAGUUUCACUUAGAGAGAUAUCUUUAUUUCAUGGGCCUUAACCGUAGGGACUUGGUUAGAAUUGUUGCUCUUCUCCAGCUUUUUCAUCAAUGGCCAAUCCUCUCACUCUCUGUCUCAGCUCCUUCUUCUUCACUCUUCUGAUACUUCACAGACUUCUACCCAUUACCGGCCUUCACCUUCUCCUCAUCUUUCUUCACUCCCUUUUAUAGGUCUCGCUUACCGGUUUUCCCGGUACCCACUUCCUCUUCUUUAUCCUUCUCUCUGCUUGAUGCUCGGGACAAUAAGACGCAGGAAAUAUUAUUUUAUUCCUGGAUUUUUCUGGAGCAAACGCAAACUGGCCCCCCUCUAGUUGAUUGCUCUGUGAAGGUGGGAAAGUGGAAGAAAGUUCAACUUUCAAAUAUCUGGAUCCCCUGGGAAGUUAUAAACUUCAUUGACCGAACUUAUUAAAUCGAGGUGAUCUUUCUGAUUAGAAAGCUUCGAUUGAACUUUGAGCAGAACUAGCAGAAGAAAACUGAAGAUCUUAGCUUUUUCACAGGCUUCUCUUUAGCCAAACAGCAAUAUACAACUAUUCAUUGUCAGAUAUCUAGUGAUUUCAGACAAACGGGGAUCGAGAAUGGCAUCGGUGUUUCUGUAUCAUGUGGUGGGCGAUCUGACGGUGGGGAAGCCAGAGAUGGUGGAGUUUCUGGAGAUGGAGACUGUCGAGUCGGCGAUACGUGCAAUCGGGGAGUCGACAGAGGGAGGAAUACCGGUGUGGAAGAGGAGAUCGCAUUCCCAGCAUCCAGGUGUGAUUGAGAGUGGUGAGAUGAGGCAGCAAAGGUUUGUGGGCAUUCUUAGUUCUCUUGACAUUGUUGGCUUCUUGGCAAGGAGUGAGUGUUUGGAGGAUCAGGACAAGGCCAUGAAGACCCCGGUUUCCGAGGUGGUUGUGCCUAAUAAUUCCCUGUUGAGGCAGGUUGAUCCUGGGACAAGAUUGAUAGACGCCCUAGAGAUGAUGAAGCAGGGUGUGAAGCGUCUUCUUGUUCCCAAAAGUGUGGGAUGGAAAGGAAUGAGCAAGCGAUUCUCCAUCCUAUACAAUGGUAAGUGGCUGAAGAAUAUUGAUACCUCAAGUGGCAGUGGCAUUAACCUCAACGCCAACACCAACCGUCCUUCCUCAUCUUCCACAUCUUCCACCACCACUCUCCGUGGUAAGUUUUGCUGUCUGUCAAGAGAAGAUGUCAUCCGUUUCAUUAUUGGUUGCCUUGGUGCUUUGGCCCCACUCCCUCUUUCCUCCAUCUCCUCCCUUGGAGUCAUCAACACAAACUACUACUCUAUUGAAGCCUCCUUGCCAGCCCUCGAAGCAACCCAAAAGCUUCCUGGAGACCCCAGUGCGGUAGCAGUUGUGGAAUGCACGCCAGGUGGACAGUGUAAGAUCAUUGGAGAGAUCUCUACCACUAAACUAUGGAAAUGUGAUUACUUGGCGGCGGCAUGGGCUUUAGCCAAUCUUUCUGCUGGACAGUUUGUGAUGGGAGUUGAAGAUGAUGUGACCUCAAGGUCAUUGCCAGAUUUCACUCUGAAUUCAACAGAUGGCAAUAACAAUUUGGCUAAUGGAGGCGGUGGGUCAAGAAGGCCGAAGAAAUUUAGCAGUAGGAGUAUUGGGUUCUUUAGCAAUAGCCCAAGUUUUGGUGGCAAUAGGAGCAUGUAUAGGGGCAGAAGCGCCCCCUUGACAUGUAAGGUUACGAGUUCAUUGGCUGCAGUUAUGGCUCAGAUGUUGUCUCACAGGGCUUCUCACGUUUGGGUGAUCGAGGAUGAAAGUGAUGAUAUUCUAGUUGGGGUGUUGGGUUAUGCUGACAUUUUGGCUGCUGUGACCAAACAACCUGCUGCAUUUGUUGCUGCCAAUCGUUCUUGCGAGACAUGUGGAAAUGAAAUUCAAACUUGAAUUUGUUAAUUUAUUAUUUUUUUGGGUGGUUUUGAGGUUGUAUUAAGCUAUAUAGAAUGUUUGCAAUUGUGUACUCUUAGGAUGCAAAAGAGAAUUGGGCUUGCUAGAUUUGCAUGUUGUCAAGGUUCUUUCUUUCCUUUCAAAACUAUAUUGUUGUGAUAAUAAAACCAUUCAGUCGUGUUCCU